AUGGGGAACCUGUUUCAGUGCCUAAAGGUCAAUCUACUAGUGGAGUUGUUGCCUAUGGGAAUCAAGGUUAUUACUAUGGUGCACAGAGUAGAAAUAAGACAUGCCAGACGGGCAAAAACAAAAGGCCAGACGGGCCAGCCAAACAAAAGGCCAGACGGGCCAACCAGACGGGUUAAGUUGAAAGCCAUACAGGCUGAAAAGAUUAAUUAUGGGGACAGAAGGAUACUUUGGAAGCGAGAUGUCACGUUGGUUGUCACCAUUACGCGGCUUCUUGUGUUCAUCUUGAAACCUCUUCGCCAGCCUCGUGUUAUCUCUGAAAUACUAGGAGGAAUCAUAUUAGGUCCAUCGGUAUUGGGAAAGAGUCCCAAAUUUGCUGAUGCAUUGUUUCCGCAAAGAAGUGUAAUGGUCCUUGAAACAAUGGCUAAUGUUGGUCUUCUUUACUUUCUUUUCAUAGUCGGAGUAGAAAUGGACAUAAGUUCAAUCAAACGGACAGGGAAAAAGGCCAUAGUUAUUGCGGUUGCUGGUAUGAUCUUGCCUUUCCUAAUAGGUGUUACAUUCUCAUUUCUGCUACGCCAAAAAACACAGAGUGUGAAGCAGGGGACUUUCAUACUUUUCCUUGGAGUUGCGCUUUCUGUCACUGCUUUCCCUGUGCUAGCUCGAAUUCUUGCAGAACUCAAACUGCUCAACAAAGAUAUCGGGGAAAUAGCAAUGUCUUCGGCUCUUAUAAAUGAUAUAGUGGCAUGGACUGUAUUGGCCUUCGCGAUUGCAAUGUCUGAGGAAAAUAACAUGACUUUAGCUUCCAUUUGGGUGAUUCUUUCAAGCGUAGCGUUCGUUCUUUUCUGCAUAUUUCUAGUUCGUCCGACAAUAGCUUGGAUGAUCAAAAGGACCCCCGAAGGGGAAACCAUUAGUGAGUUCUACUUGUGUCUGAUUCUCACAGGAGUAAUGAUUUCCGGUUUUAUAACAGAUGCUAUUGGAACACAUUCUGUGUUUGGAGCUUUUGUUUUUGGAUUAAUCAUUCCGAAUGGACCUCUAGUUGUUACACUUAUUGAAAGGCUUGAGGACUUUGUUUCAGGACUUCUACUGCCAAUCUUCUUCGCUAUUAGUGGUCUAAAGACCGAAUUCUCAGCAAUUCAAGGAGCAGGAACAUGGGGAGCGUUGGUUGUUGUGAUAGUUCUUGCCUGCUUAGGAAAAGUUGCAGGAACUCUUAUUGUUGCUCUUUAUUAUCAAAUGCCAUUUCAUGAAGGAGUCACUCUUGGUUUGCUCAUGAACACGAAAGGCCUCGUGGAGAUGAUCGUCCUUAACGUGGGCAAGGACCAAAAGGUACUCGACGAGAAGUCAUUUGCCAUUAUGGUGAUUGUGGCUGUGGUUAUGACCGGAAGUGUCACCCCAAUUGUGACGACGAUUUACAGGCCAGCAAGAAAAUUCUCACCUUACAAAAGAAGGACAAUACAGAGGAUCAAACGAGAUAGUGAGUUUCGGGUUUUAGUCUGCAUUCACACCCCAAGAAAUGUACCGACAAUCAUCAACCUAAUAGAAGCCUCUCAUCCCUCAAAAAAGUCCCCAAUAUGCAUAUAUGCACUUCACCUAGUAGAAUUAACUGGCCGAUCUUCUGCCAUGCUAAUUGUUCACAACACGAGAAAGUCAGGCCCGGCUGCCAAUCGGACCCAAGCUCAGUCAGACCACAUCAUCAAUGCAUUCGAAAACUAUGAACAAAAUGCAAUUGGCGUUUCAGUACAGCCCCUGACAGCCAUUUCACCCUACUCCACCAUGCAUGAAGACAUAUGCAAUGUGGCCGAAGAUAAACGUGUGGCAUUCAUCAUCAUUCCAUUUCAUAAGCAACAAACCGUCGAUGGUGGAAUGGAAAACAUGAAUCCAUCGUAUCGUACAAUCAACCAAAAUGUAUUGGUAAAUGCACCAUGCUCAGUUGGUAUCCUAGUAGACAGAGGCCUUACAGGAUCAACCAGAAUAUCAUCCAAUCAAGUUACUCACCAUGUAGCAUUAUUAUUUUUUGGCGGACCAGACGACAGGGAGGCCUUAGCAUAUGUGUGGAGAAUGUCAGAACAUCCCGGGAUAAAUUUAACUGUAAUGCGGUUCAUUUCUGCAAAUGAAGCUGGAGAGGGCUCAUCCAGACCUUCAUUCGAAGAAAAUGACCCUAGAGUUUUAACAAUUUUAACCGAUAACGAUAGAGAGAAACAACUAAACGAGGAAUACUUAAAUUCCUUCAAGUCCAAAAUGCCGAAAGAUGGUUCGGUUGUUUAUCUGGAAAAAGUAGUGAGUAACGGUGAUGAGACCGUGGCAGCAAUUAGGUCCAUCGACAACAUUCAUGACCUAUUCAUCGUCGGAAGAGGCCAUGGCUCGGUUUCACCACUUACAGCAGGUCUAACGGAUUGGAGCGAAUGCCCGGAGCUCGGGCCAAUAGGGGACUUGUUAGCUUCAUCAGAUUUUGCAGCCACGGUGUCCGUGUUGGUUGUACAACAAUAUGUUGGCGUAGCAUCGGCCAACACAGCGACAGAUACGUUAACACCGGAUAGUCCCCAACAACAAACCGAAUUCAACACCCCGAAUGUAAAUCAACGGACGCCGCCCAGAGCUUCGGAUUCACCGUCAUAA